GAAUUGUUCAUUUGUGAAAAAGACUUGUCCAUCAUACGUAAAAUGUUUGACACGUCGUUUCCUGAAACAGGCAUCUGCAAAUUCAGGCUGGUGUUAUUUAAAGAUAUUCCACAAGGCACAAGUCACUGACCGGAUAUAUUCUUAGUUAAAGGAUACACAUGACAUCUGCACCACUGGGCAUACGAUAAGGAAAUGUCUGCUCAUUGUGAGUGAGCACUAAUGAGCUUAUGUAACCUAGAUCACACCAUUGUGUAAUAUGCAGGCCAUUAAGAAAGAGCCUUCAUCCAGCGCGUCCUACAGUGGUGAGGAUGCCCUGGUUCUGGCAGUGGCCUUGCAGGGGGCAGACAGAGACUUGAUAGGGCACAAACUGUCUACCCUUCCCUUCAAGGCUAAGACCACAGCCUGUCGCAGAAAACGAGAGUUUAUCCCAGAGGAAAAGAAGGAUAAACUGUACUGGGAGAGGAGGCGCAAGAACAAUGAAGCGGCCAAGCGUUCGCGGGAGAAGCGACGGCUCAAUGAUAUGGUGCUGGAGAACAAGCUUAUGGCCCUAGGUGAGGAGAACGCCUCUCUCAAAGCAGAGCUACUCUCCCUCAAGCUUAAGUUUGGACUGGUGAGCUCAGCAGCCUAUGCUCAGGAGGUGCAGAAGAUCUCCAGCUCCACUGCUUCACUUUACCAGGACUUUGUUUCACCGGGCACUGCCAAAUGUUCUUUUCCUAGAGAGCUGGAGCCAGCAAGACUGGGCAGUAGUUGCAUAUCAGUCAUUAAGCAUUCACCUCAUAGCACCCUAUCAGAUGGGUCCGAUGCCAGCACUAUAACCCAAAGCAGCCCUCUGAUGAACAUCUGCAGGACUCCAGAGGUCAUCAAACAGGAGCCGAUGGAGAGCAGUAGUUAUGCAAGAGAUAGAUCCAGCCCAUAUGAACUGUACAGGAACUACCUGACCAGCCCUUUUACUGGAAGCUACUCCCAGCCCUCCCCAUUCCUACAGAUCACCAGGUCAUCCAGCAACUCACCUCGUACUUCAGAUGGUGAUGAUGGGGCUGUGAGCAAGUCCUCAGAUGGAGAGGAUGAACAGCAGGUUCCGAAAGGCCCCAUGACUACAACAGUUGACCCAAAGAGUGUCAUUGUCUCAACUCUCAAAGUGCCAGACGCCAGCGCGUCAGCUCUCCCCCACAAACUCCGGAUCAAAGCUCGGGCAAUCCAGAUAAAAGUGGAGGCUAUUGAUCCUGACUAUGACUCCUCAGGGAAGUCCUCCUCUCCCAUCGAUAUGUCUACAAGGGAUUGCUAUCAGAUGGGUCCGAGCACCACACCCGAGUACAUUCAGUCAUCCCUUAGCCCUCUGUCCCUGCAGGUCACUAAUGUCCAAGACUGGGCCCACCCGCCAGAGCACUGGCAUAAAGACCACAGGGAGGCAGUACCAGCUGACUCAAAGAAAAGACUGUGCUCCGAUUCUCCAGUCCCCAUUACUAAUAAACUCAUUUUUGACCUUAAAGAUGGUUCCUACACCAGUGCAGACUCUGAGAACUUGUACUUGAAACAGGGCAUUGCUGACCUGUCAGCAGAGGUGGCCUCCCUGAAAAGACUCAUCACAACACGGCAGGGGUCUGUUAUCGAGUCCACCAAAAACACUACGGAACAUGACCUGGUAAAAGGAUGUUAAUCAAAUUGAGGGCCCUCUGUUUGCACAGCACCUGUUUUCAUUGUGUUUGCUACAGCACUGUGCGGUGGAUAAUGGUGUCAAAAGCUGCAGUUAGAUGAGAUGAAUGGUGUUUUGUGCACUUACUGUGUUGUAGUUUGGCGUGUCCUCUUGAUAACUCCAUCUGUA